GUAUAAACAUUAACGUGUUAAAAUAAAUUAUAGUUUAAAAAGGACGUGUAGUCGCCGAACCGGACUUAUAUUCGUGCGGAUCAGCUGACCGCUGUCAGCCAAUCAGCUGUUAGCCCCUGCGCUCGCGCAUAAACAGUGUGUUAGUGACAAUCACCAGAAAUAGGACUUUAUUACUGACGCAUAAGUCACACUUUGCAAUGGCAGCCUGUGCGGGAUGUUACAACAACUUAGGCGAUGUGAAAUUUUUGAAUUGUUAUAACUGCCUAAAAUCUUACUGUCUUCUUUGCACAAAUUGUUCACAUGACUUGUAUAACACAAUGGGACCCGCACAAAAGCACUCGUGGAAGUGUGUUGAAUGCAAAAGUUCAGAACCGAGGCUAGACAAUACUAAUACACCGGUGCGCGGCGACAACGCCAAUGUUACUACGCAUAGGGGGGCCACCCGCCCUCGUGGAGCUGGGACCUGCGAGCUCGACAGCUCGGUCAUGGAAGUGUCCUAUACUGACAGCCAAGGUUUAAACGACACCACCAGGUAUGGAGCUUUGUUGGACACUACUGGUGGCAACGAUAUUCAGCAGUUAGUGACAGAAUUUCGUCUUUUUCGUCAAGAAAUGCGUGCAAUGAGUUAUGAAAUCCAAGCUCUUCGUACGACUAUGACAAACCUGACUGUAAAGAUCGAUAAAUGUGAUGAGCGUAUCGAUAAUGUAUGUGCUCGCGUAGAAAAGCUUGAAAACAACACCUCAAAUAGUAAUGAAAGUCAUAACACGGACAAGUCACUUCUAGACACCAUUGUCCAAUUGAGAAUGGACAUAAAUAAUAGAGAUCAGGAUCUGUUGUUAAACGAUCUAGAAAUAUCUAGCGUACCUGAACAAAACGGAGAGAAUACGGUGCACAUAGUCACUACUCUGGGCCAGAAACUUGGGGUCACUCUCUCGGAGCACGACAUCGUCGACGCGACUCGCGUGGGUCGUGCCUCGCAGCCGAACGAGGGUGUCCAGGGUCCGCCGGCCCGCCCGCGGCCACUGGUGGUGCGGCUGGCGCGCCGCGCCGUGCGAGAUCAGCUGCUACAGGCGGCGCGGGUACGUCGCGGAGCCACCACGGAGGGCACCGGCCUGCCUGGUCAUAGCUGCCGCUUUUAUGUUAACGAGCGGCUCACUCACUUCAAUCGAAAACUAUUCCAGAAGGCGCGGCAGCUCAAGGAACACUACGGCUGGCGAUAUGUAUGGACUCGCGACGGUAGGAUUUACGUGCGCCAACGUCCAGGUUCGGAAUCUCCGCGACAUCGCAUACAAACAGAACUGGAUCUGAGCCGUGUUUUUGGAACACUCGAUAUUUGAUCUCAUGUAUGAAAGUUUUGAUGUCUCAUUUCACUUUAUAGCACUUGUUAAAACACUAUAUAGGUACU